AUGACCUUAAGGAGAGAUUCGAAACGAAAGAGCACGACUGAUAGGGAUUCAUUGAGACAAAAGCUAAUGACAACAAAUGAGGAAGACAAGGCAUCGUCUGUCCUACAAGCCAAAGUACAGUACAGGACAACACUAAGCGACGACUGUCUAGAGAUUAUAUUCUCUUAUUUCACCGACUGUCAAGAACUGUGUCAAAUAGCAUCCGUGUCUAGGCACUGGAGAGCAAUCGUUACAGAUACCAGAAGACAAGUCUGGCACCGUAUACGUAUGAGCAGGAGCUUCUUUAUCAGCAAGAUAAGAUUUAUUACUCGGAAUCCAUACGCUGUGACACAUCUUGGUCAGACAAGAGUUCUUGAACUAUACCACAACCUAGAAGACGAGGAUGAUGAAGUCAAAGACGCUAGCAACAUGAUGCGAGGACUACCACGUUUCCAUAAUCCGUUCGAAAAUCUAAAACAGCUUUGGUUGGACGGAAUGUAUAUUCAAGAUAUCAUUUGCCUUCUACGAUGGACCUCUGAGCUGUCCGUGAUAUGGUGUACCAAGAUACCCUUCCAUCAAGAUUUUCUACAGUUCACCUUCUUUGAACGGCAUCAGACCCUCGAACAGCUAUGCAUUGACUUUAGGUUUGAAACUAUUUUUGACGGGGAGUUAUUUUCCUUGUCCAGUACAGAAACACUUGUCAACCGGUUCCGUGAACGAUCUAAUGGGCUUCCGCCGAGCUUAAGAACGCUCAGGAUAAGAAAUAUUGUGGAUGAUGUACUGGGCGAUGAUGUACUGGGUGAUGAAAUGAUGCUUCUGGGGAAAUAUCUACCUUUCCAAUUUAUGCACAGUCUUCGGUCUCUUUCGAUUGGGAGAUGUGAUGGCUGGAUGGCUCGUGUCUGGCGAGAAUGCUUUAUACCCUGCAGUACAAACCUUGAGAACGUUGAAUUGCUGGGGUUCGUAAAGUGUGAUGAUGAAGAUGUUGAGGCAGCAAAGGCGGAUUUUAUCGCAAACAUGAAGAGGCUUCGACGGUUUGAAUUGAUGGACUCUGAAGUAACACAAGCUGUGAUGGAUGGGCUUGGACGAUUAAAGAAGGACCAUCAGAUUGGAAUACAGACUUUUUCCAGGAAUGGCCAGACACACUCCCGUGAAGGACAUGAAGUGCCCUUGACCGACCUGCAUCUCGGCUAUGCUAAUCACCUCACCCUUUGGCUCAGAGUCUUUUAA